CAAGUGAAUUAUUUGGGUAAAAAACCCGAGAGAGAGAGUGUUCUCCCUUCACUGAGAUUUCUGCAUAUUCUCUAUGAUCACUGGAGCAAAAUUUCUGUUUUCCGGGUUCGGAACGCGAUGCGGAGGUUUGGGCAUCACCGGCUUCAUGGGAAGCCUGGAGGACUGGGGACGAAGGGAAUGGUGGCGAAGCUGUCGAUCGGAGUGCUCGUUCUACUGAUCUGCACGCUCUCUCUGCUUUUCUCUGCUACAAUCGGCGGUAAUCGCGAGCCCACUGGUCCAUCCCAGAUAAAUGUGGAACGGCUCUGGGGGAGUGCUGAGUCUAGUGGUUGGAGACCAUCAUCUGCACCGCGAUCUGAUUGGCCCCCUCCUCCUAAGGAGACAAAUGGUUACCUUCGUGUUCGUUGUAAUGGUGGUUUGAAUCAGCAACGAAGUGCGAUAUGUAAUGCAGUCCUUGCUGCCCGAAUCAUGAAUGCUACACUUGUGCUGCCUGAGUUGGAUGCAAACUCCUUUUGGCAUGAUGACAGCGGUUUCCAAGGUAUCUAUGACGUCGAACAUUUUUGCAAAAAUGGAAAAACCAAGAAGAUAAAAGCUUUUCAGAUUCGUCCCCCUCGAGAUGCUCCUAUUGAAUGGUACCUGACAACUGCUCUAAAGGCAAUGAAGGAACACGGUGCUAUAUAUCUUACACCUUUUUCACAUCGGCUGGCAGAAGAAAUUGACAAUUCAGAAUACCAACGAUUAAGGUGCAGAGUCAACUACCAUGCUUUGAGAUUCAAGCCUCACAUCAUGAAGUUGAGUGAAUCGAUUGUCGACAAGCUCCGGUCACAGGGUCACUUCAUGUCUAUUCAUCUUCGUUUUGAAAUGGAUAUGUUGGCCUUUGCAGGAUGUUUCGACAUAUUCAACCCUGAAGAGCAGAAGAUACUUAGGAAGUACCGUAAGGAAAAUUUUAAGGAGAAAAGGCUUGUUUACAAUGAAAGACGGGCUAUCGGAAAGUGUCCACUGACUCCAGAGGAGGUGGGUCUUAUUUUACGGGCCAUGGGGUUCGACAAUUCCACGAGGAUAUUCCUAGCAGCUGGAGAACUUUUCGGUGGGGAACGAUUCAUGAAACCAUUCCGAACAUUAUUCCCGAGGCUGGAUAACCAUAGCUCAGUGGACCCAUCUGAAGAGCUGACAACAAAUACUCAAGGCUUAAUAGGAUCAGCCGUGGAUUACAUGGUCUGUCUUCUCUCCGACAUCUUCAUGCCAACAUAUGAUGGACCGAGCAACUUCGCCAACAAUCUCCUCGGUCACAGGCUUUACUAUGGGUUCCGUACUACGAUCAGGCCCGACAGAAAAGCUCUAGCUCCGGUUUUCAUCGCUAGAGAGAACGGGAAAACAGCUGGAUUUGAAGAAGCGGUAAGACGGGUAAUGCUGAAAGCAAACUUUGGCGGCCCUCACAAACGUGUAACUCCAGAGUCGUUUUAUACAAACUCAUGGCCCGAAUGCUUCUGCCAGACAAAUCCAAAGAACCCCGAGGAUAAAUGCCCCCCGGAUAAUGUUAUGGAGAUUCUUAGCAGCCGGUUAGAUGAUGAUAACACAGAUUCAUCUUCUCAGGAAAAUUCAACUGUAACUGAAUCAGAAAGAUGAGAAGAUCUAUAUAACCAAAAGCUUCUUUUUUUUCAACCAUACACAGAGAAAGUGCCGAAGAAGGUACCUCAACAUUGUGUCGGCAGUUUCAUCCGGUUAGAUCAUCUCCUUUUUUCUUUGUUCUUGAAGUAGAGAGAGUUAUAGUAAUAUCUACAAUAGGAACAUUUCUACGUGUUUGGGAGAUACAGAAAAAAAAAAGAUUUAUGUAUUUUCUGUAUUCACCCUUCA